CGUGUAUUGCUGCGACUAAGGAUUCUCAUCACAAACACCACCAAUAGCGGCGUGUCCCUCCCGCUCGGCUCGGCUCUUGCGUCUCAAGAAGCUAUCGACAUCCCUGGCGUAUCUCCGUGAGUGGGUGUCUCAUCCCCGCAACAGACUGGGGUUCUCGACGAGAUUUGGCAACGGCCAGAAAGAUAGCUCGUCACGGGGGUUGCGGAUAUCACUUUUCGAUUUCUCGAUUUUUCGAUUUACAAGAGUGGGUUGCUACUGUUUUUUUCCUAAUUGGAUAUUCUACAACCCUGCUGCACUGCGCUACAUCGAGGCGAGAUUAUUGGGCGAGAGUCUAUUAAUAUCUUGAUAUUCAGGGCAAACGGUGACUGAUUGAUUCAGUACAUCAAUCGCUCUAUCAGCACAUCCUUGUAUUCCAUUCUGGGGAUCACAGGGGAAGCGAGUUGAGAAGAGACUUGCACUGCGACGUCAUCCGUAUCUUGCUUUGUCAGGCCAGCCCCUGGAGGGUUCACUCCUCGUGUGCAGCGCAAACUGGAAUAGAGUGAGAUUCGAUCGUCGGAACGUGAUCGGUACUGUACCUGAUACGGUUACAAGUACGGCAUUGCAUUGUCAUUCACACUUAUCAACUCCGAGGCUUUUCUCCGCUUGUCUCCGCGGCCCGCUCACCUGUGUCGGAAAUCCCAUCGGCCAAGCUUAUUGCUUAUCGCCGCCAGGAUUCAUCGAGAACAUCACUUUGCAGUGAACAAGUCCGCUUGAGCAAAAGUCGGCCGAAGAAUCAAGUAUUGUGUGGGAAAGCACACGAUAAAAACAAAGACAACAAGAGGCAUCGCGUGCUCGUUACACUGGACCCCCAUCUAAUUGUGGGAUUCUAUCCUGUUAGGGUCCUGGUCUAACAUCCCCCAUCUGUUCCACGUUACGGGCCACUUACAGGGCCUCAUCCACCAAUUCCUUUUUCCCCUACCCUCCAAGUCUACCGACCCAAGUACCUAGCCUCCUCCGCCAGCAACGGAAGUAUGACAGGCGUACUGUCUCCCACGGCUCUCCACCCAGCUCUUGGCAGCCCCCGAGACAACGGGUAUUGCUUGUCUCGUGCUCUCUCUUCCCAUUCACCGGUCCUUAAUAAGAGGAGCACAGUCGCCGAUACAAGUCUAAACUCGGACACUGUCCAGACCACACAAUUAGAAGUUCAGCAGCCAAGUGUGUUCUCUACAUUGUCCCCAUCCCCUUUGUCGUUGUCAGUCUCGGAUCGUUUAAAACCUCAAACUCUCCUGGAAGAUUGUGGAGCCUCUACUUUGUCAUCUACCCCAAAAGACACAACUUCAUUGAGCUCGCCCUCUUCACAAUCUUCCACUUCACCAUUACCCGCGUCAACUGCGGAUCAAUCAGCUUCGUCUUCUUCAACUCAGAAAGACGCACUUCGGUCUAAUUCUGGCCCGAGGGCUUUGGCUUCGGUGAUCCGACACAACAAACCCGACGCUUUGUCACUCGCCCUUCCACACACAAACAUGCCUUCUCUUCGCCAGAUGGAACCUUCAGAGUCUAACUCUCCACCAGCCUCUUCGGCUGGCCCUCUCCCUGGCUUCACGAGUGUGUCCAAGAGCUCUGCCGCUGCCACGCCUUCGCAAAGCCUGACUGAUGCCCUCAAUGACCUCGCCAAGUCUCGCUUGACAACGGGCGCAAUUAACACACCCAACACCGCCCGGACUUACACUUCCACCUCUAGCCAUGACACAACUUCAUCUGAUAUGGCCGCUACCAUUCUCGCCUCAACUUUGCAGUCGCCAUGUUUCUACCAUCAGCGAUUUGCUGAUGCUGUCGACAUCGGCAAGGUCCUCGAGGAAAUCAAGAAUGAUGUUUCCAUGUCACAUUCGCGUCUUGUCGCGACUGCAACUGGUGUUCGAGAGGUUUCCAAGCAGCUUCAGCGCCGUCCCAUCAAGCGUGCAGUCCGCAACAUCAUGAUUGUCACCAAGGCACGCGAUAACCAGCUCGUCUACCUUACUCGCGAGCUUGCCGGGUGGCUUCUACGAACCCCACGUUAUGGCUCCGACCUGGGCGUGAAUGUCUACGUCGAUGCUAAGCUUCGCAACUCACGACGUUUCGACUCAUCUGGUCUCCUUGCCGAGAACCCGCGCUUCCAGCAUAUGCUUAAGUACUGGACACCCGAUUUGUGCUGGAGUCAGCCCGAGAAGUUCGAUCUUGUCUUGACUCUUGGUGGCGAUGGCACCGUCCUCUUCACCUCAUGGCUCUUCCAGCGCAUUGUACCUCCUGUGCUCUCAUUCAGUCUGGGAAGUCUAGGUUUCAUGACUACAUUUGAGUUUGAAAAGUACAAAGAACAUCUCAACAGAGUCAUGGGCGAUGAUGGCAUGAAAAAUAACCUCCGCAUGCGCUUCACGUGUACUGUUCAUCGCAGCAACCGUGGAGCCGGUGCUUUGGACGCACCCAAGCUCGAAGAACUUGAGCAAUUCGAAGUUCUUUAACGAACUCGUCAUCGAUCGUGGUCCUUCUCCCUAUGUGUCCAACCUGGAGCUCUACGGUGAUGAUGAACUCCUUACUGUUGUACAAGCAGAUGGUUGCAUCUUCUCCACCCCGACUGGCUCUACAGCAUAUUCUCUAUCUGCCGGUGGCGCUCUUGUUCACCCUGACAUUCCUGCCAUCCUUCUUACACCCAUCUGCCCUCAUACACUAUCGUUCCGCCCCAUGGUUCUUUCUGAUACCAUGGCUCUUCGAGUUGUUGUUCCUCGAAAUUCUCGAGCCACUGCCUAUUGCGCUUUUGAUGGCAAGGGUCGACUUGAGCUGCGACAAGGUGACCACGUCACAAUCACUGCCUCUCAGUACCCCUUCCCUACUGUGACACGUACCGAUACAGAGUGGUUUGACAGCGUGAGCCGUACUCUUCGCUGGAAUGUUAGAGCUUCCGCACAGAAGCCCUUCGACGCCGACACUGGAGAUAGUUGCAACGAUGAUGACGAUAUCGGUUGGGACAUUGACACUGACAGUGCGACUAUGCUACGCAAGUGAAGAUGGUAGUGUCAGUGCCAGCCCCAUCCGUCGGCAAAUGAGCCUUCUGGGUAUGUGAAGAAAGUACAUGGCAUCAGCGGCCUUGGAUAAGAGCUGGUUUUAGGCAUGGUGUUCGCGGCGUUACAAUUAUUGUCUGUCAGUUCAGAUUAUCUGGGUACAAUGGUAGAUCAGCUUCUUCUUUAUUUUGAUAUAAGCGGAAUGGCAAAGUGGUGUGGUUUUGGAACUACAGCGAGAAAUAUUUAGACAUUUAGAUGUAAGACAGAUUACGAUCUGGUCGAGACAAUACACAAUAUGUGGCCACAUAACUCAACAGCAAGAUACCCGUCAGGGGGGGAUAAGCGAAAUCUCUCGAGUGCCUCUUCAAUUCUCAAGCGACGAAAGAGGGACACUCUAGGAUUGGUUGACACGGAUUUCUAAUGGUAUCUCGGGGAGUAAUAUAAGCAAUAGUUGGGUUUCUAAAGUGUCAUAAGAAUUUGAUAUGAAUAUGUUCCUACGGAA